UCGGGGCUGGAGCUAGAAACGUCGACGUCGGCUCCAGCGCUGAGCGCAGCCUCACUCCCAAUUGGCUGGGCCUCCGGCCUGCCCAUCGCCGCGCACCACCCCUGGGUUCCCUUCCCAGUCCGCAGUAGAAACACUGCCCUCUCCCUUCUUUGACCCCGGCCCUUCUUCCCCUUCGUCCCUCCCUCUUACCGCCUCUGUCGCUUCAGGCGCCCCUGCUCCCAGCGGAGCUCCCGGCUUGGUGAUGGGGUCCCGGGCCUCCACGUUACUGCGGGACGAAGAGCUCGAGGAGAUCAAGAAGGAAACUGGCUUUUCCCACAGUCAGAUCACCCGCCUCUACAGCCGGUUCACCAGCCUGGACAAAGGAGAGAAUGGGACUCUCAGCCGGGAAGACUUUCAGCGGAUUCCAGAACUUGCCAUCAACCCAUUGGGGGACCGGAUCAUCAACGCCUUCUUUCCAGAGGGAGAGGACCAGGUGAACUUCCGAGGAUUCAUGAGAACCUUGGCUCAUUUCCGACCCAUUGAGGAUAAUGAAAAGAGCAAAGAUGUGAACGGACCAGAACCACUCAACAGCCGAAGCAACAAACUGCACUUUGCUUUUCGACUGUAUGACUUGGAUAAAGAUGACAAGAUCUCCCGUGAUGAGCUGUUACAGGUGCUACGCAUGAUGGUCGGAGUGAAUAUCUCAGAUGAGCAGCUGGGCAGCAUUGCAGACAGGACCAUCCAGGAGGCUGAUCAGGAUGGGGAUAGCGCCAUCUCUUUCACAGAAUUUGUUAAGGUUUUGGAGAAGGUGGACGUAGAACAGAAAAUGAGCAUCCGAUUUCUUCACUAAAGGACUGAGACCAAACUAUUCCUUGCUUUCUAGUAUUUAAGAACUGGAACUUGAAACCCCUCCUAUCCACCAGCCCCACCUCCACCCCAUCAUUCCCCUUCUCCCAAAGUACUACUGCUGUUGCAUGACAACCCCAAAUAUGUUCUGUCAACGCAAACCUGCCUUUGGUGUAUAAAUAGGGCAUUACAGAAUGGUACAGCCAGUCUAAUUCUGUUCAGUGUUGUUCGCCGGAUAUCUCCAUUUCUAAAUGUCACCUUCCCUUGUUCUGCUGCUGAGUGCCAUGCAUCCAUCCAGUCUGAGAAAGUGAGAGGGAAUCAACCGAAGAACAGCCAGCAAAGCUCUUUGGCUGGAUGUGAACCGUAGCCAGGCUGCCUUUCCACCAGCUUGGCUUUGGCAUGCUCCUUCAUCCUUUUUUGUAUGUUCUUUGCUUCCACUUCUCUUCUGCCCAACCUACCACUCUCUUAGUCUUUCAGUAUCCCUGGUUUUUAUUCUCAGUUACGCCUGUUAAAUAUAUUUCAGACUUGGCAGUAUAGUUCAGUGGUCUGGCAGUUUUUAAUCUACCUUUACUCUUAAAUGGGUAUCUGGGAUGUUGCCUCCCCAGGAGCUCUUUAGUAACCAACACUUCUCUCAGAAGAAUGUCUUGACCAUCUCUUGGUCCCCUCUGCUCUGUCACCAAAGGGCUGUUGGUUAGAGAAGCUCUUGAAAGAUAAGAAAGAUAAGAGGUGUAGAGCCAAGUCUUCUAGGUGGCUUGCCCAGGUCACUCUACCUCUGGCCUCUGACUCUCAACACACAUACCUACAUGGCUGCUCUCGUUAGUACAGUGUUGAUUCUCUAGAAAUUAGCCGUAUGCCUGCAGCUUGCUUCGUCUGAGGAUAAUGUCACCACCAGAAUGGCUGCUCUGACCGUUUGCUUGGUGUCUUUCUCAUGGCUUUUCGAACAAGGAGGCUGGGCACCCUAAAAUAUUCCCACCUCUACAGCAUGGUUUAUGCCUUGGUGUGAUGUGCCCUGGAAUUCUUUUCACUUCACAUUUCUAAGUAGAAAGAUAAGUGCCUAACUUAUCCCAGGCCAUAAGAUUUAAAAAUUGUCCUCAGUGUCUUGAGGUUUUGCACAAAAUUAUCUCUGAAUUUUACACCUGGAACAAGUUAAUGCCGGAUGCCACAGUCAGGUCUUAAUACAGGUCCAAAAUAUUGAAUGUAUCGUAUCAUUAGCUGCCUGGUUACAUUGACUUCCUAGCUCCUCUCGUACACUACUGCUAAUCCCUUAGGAAUGAGAGCUCUGGCACUGGUGACACAACCUGAAGUGGCAUUACAAGCCUUUGCUUGAACCAGAGCAACUCCUCUGCCCCAAGGAAGCUUAGUAUGGAUGUCACUGAAUCAGGCUGUGGUCAUCCUAAGAUCUGUCCUUAUGCAUCUCUUCAUCCAUAUAUCUGUCCUUGGCUGAUUCUCUCUGACUCAUUGCUUGCUUGCUUCUUUCCUUGCUUUGGAAGGCUAUCCAAGAUGUAUACACACUACUUUAUGAAGGGAAUUGCUUUAAAAAAAAAAAAAAAAACAACUGCAAAGGGUUUGGGAAGAGUGCUUAAGAAAGAGUGGCCAGGCUGGAUGACUCAAGUAUAAAUGAGAGAGGAUUUCAUAGAGAAGUAUCAGUGUGACUUUGUGAUCAAGUGAUGUAAUAUAGGAAUUGUAUAAAAGGGAAGAACUGUCCAACACUGGUCUGUUUGUGAGGUACUUCAGAGGCUCCUUGACUUGCAUAUUUAAAGUUCCUAAGAUGAUGGCCUUUUCCUCCUCUUGGCUGUGUAGCAAACUGUUUUAAUCCACGGUUGUGCCUUAUUGUUCCAUUAAAAUUGUACUCUUCGAUCCAUCAAUAAAUACUUGUGGUUAAAACAAAACAA